UCUGAGCUUGAGAGAGAGAGGAAUGGCGUCGGGGAUUCAGAUGGAUCAAGAGACCGCGCUGGAGCUGGUGAAGAAGGGGGCUACUCUCCUCCUCCUCGACGUCCCCCAGUUCACCCUGUUCGGCAUCGACACCCAGAUGUUCUCUGUGGGUCCAAAUUUCAAAGGCAUGAAGAUGAUCCCACCUGGUCCACAUUUUGUCUAUUAUAGUUCAGCGAAUAAGGAAGGAAAUGAAUUCUCUCCGACAAUUGGCUUCUUUAUCACUACAAGUUACUCUGAAGUAGUUGUUCGUAGAUGGCAUUGCCAAGAUGAGCACUUGGUGAAAAUUUCAGAGGAUGAGGUAUUCAAGCGAGUGAAACAUUUGGAGUUUGAUAACCAACUUGGACCUUAUGCUUUGGAUCACUUUGUAGAGUGGAAGCGGCUGUCUAGUUACAUCACGAAUACUGCUAUUGAACGGCUUGAACCUAUUGGAGGAGAUAUUACAAUUGCUUGUGAAUCUGGAUUGAUCCCAGAUGUUCCAAGAACAGCUAUGGAGAAACAAUUGAUGGAGCAAUUAAAUAGCAGCAAGUUUUCCAGGACUACCCCAAAAGAUUCACACAGACAUAAAUGCUACUAUACAAAAAUUUCCCAAAUUGUUAAGCGUAAGGAUAUUUCUGGUGAAGAGCUUACUGCAAUGAACCUUGACAAAACCCAGUUGCUGGAAACCAUCCUUUUAAAGGACUUCAAGGGUGCAGAAAAUCUACUUCUAGCAGAGCUGCAAUUUGCUUUUGUGGCGUUUAUGAUGGGGCAAUCACUUCAAGCAUUUCUUCAAUGGAAAACAUUAGCAAGCCUUUUCCUCUGCUGCACAGAAGCUCCUCUUAGAACAAGGAGUCAACUAUUUUCUAAGUUUAUUGAGGUGAUCUACUGGCAGUUGAAGUAUGGUUUUCAAAAACAAAAAAGUACCACUGCAGCUGAGGGUAAGGAAAUCUCAGUAUUCUUAGAUGAUGCAUGGUUCUCGAAGGACAUCUUUUUGUAUCGCCUUUGCAAGGACUUCUUUCUUUUGGUGUUACAAUCUCCUGUUAUUGAUGGAGAUCUUCUGACAUGGACCAGAAAACUCAAGGGAUUAUUGGAAGACAUAUUUGGCUGGGACUUUGAGGAGAGCGCUCUUGAUGUUAUGUGUGAAGAUGGGGAUGAGUAUGCACCAGUGGUUGUACCUCCAGAUGAGGCUAUGCCUGUUGAAGACCAAGCUAAUUAAUUAGCUCUGGAAUAGCCGUUUCUUGUUGGACUCUAUGACAUGAAUCCGCCAACAAUAUUGUACAAUAUUAUAAAUUAUGGUUCCCACCUCUUCCCUUCAUGUGUUACAGAGCUCUUAAUCCUUGAUUUUUCUCUGCUUCUGCAUGUGUUCCUUUGGAGAUAAAAGUUUCGGUUUAAUGGAAUUUUUCUAACUUA